CUCUUGCACAGCUAUUUCAACUGUAAUCCCCAUUACACAAAACAAACUCCAGGAAAUUUAAGCAAAUAAGGUAUCCGCGGCUAGCUAGCUGUAAUAAUGGGUCACCAUUCUUGCUGUAACCAACAGAAGGUUAAGAGAGGACUUUGGUCUCCAGAGGAAGACGAAAAGCUCAUCAGAUACAUCACCACCCAUGGCUAUGGCUGCUGGAGUGAAGUUCCCGAGAAAGCUGGGCUGCAAAGGUGUGGUAAGAGCUGCAGAUUGAGAUGGAUUAAUUAUUUGAGGCCUGAUAUCAGAAGAGGGAGGUUUACUCCUGAGGAGGAGAAGUUAAUCAUCAGCCUUCAUGGAGUUGUAGGAAACAGAUGGGCUCAUAUAGCAAGUCACUUGCCCGGAAGAACAGAUAAUGAGAUAAAGAACUACUGGAAUUCAUGGAUAAAGAAAAAGAUACGAAAACCUUCUGCCUCUCCCACCACCACCACCAGUACUACUAAUACUAUCGAGCACUCUCAAAUGGGUUACAAUUCGAGCCUCCUAGAUUUGGUGAAUCAAGACUUGCCGCCAAGGCCGCCCGUUCAUGAAACCCUUUUUUCUUCUUCAUGUCCCUUAUUCAUGUUCGACACUAGUUCACUUGAUGGAACUCCAGAAAAUAGCGUACGAUCGGACUAUUUUCAAGAUGCGGUGGGUUUCAACCCUGAAACAUGGAAUCAUGCGAACCAACAUCAAGUUCAAGUUCAAGCUCAAGCUCUCCCGGCUCCGGCGACUUUUACGACCGGCAUGGAUACAAAUUACUUGCCACCUUUGAUAGAGGCCAUGGAAAACAUUGUGCCCAGCGAGCUUGAAGUACAAUCCUGUAGCAUGGAUGAGGAAGGAGAGUUAGGGUUGGACUGCUUGCAGAGGCAAGAGUUGAACGAAUGGGUUGAAUCCCAGCAACAAUGCUCGAGCUUUCUUUUCUGGGAUUCUUGUGAAGGAUCACUCGGUGGGGAAGGAAUCGCACCAGCUUCAUCGAAUGUGGGAGCAGCUAAUACGAUGCCUGCUUUCCCUUCGUCUCUAUGAGAUAGUAAAAUGAUUGUGAACACUGUCCCCCGGCCCCCCACCAUUUUCUAUUUUCUCUCUAUGUCCCUCUCUUUAGGAAGGUAGAGCUUUCAAAUUAUCCAGGCUUUUCAAACGGUUUGUUCUUUUGCUUUUGUUGGUGAGAUUGUGAAUUGUGAGUAAAGGUAACCUUAUAAGAAUAUUGCAUGCAAUCAAUGUUUAUAAUUUGGUGUAUGGAAAUGGA